AUGGCCUUGAAUAAUCUACCACUAGAUGAGGAAGAACAGUUCAGUACAGCCGAUUAUGAUUUUACCAAGCUCAGAGCAGAAGUUAUCGGCAACAAGGAUCUCAAGUUCAAGCUAGCGAACGACGGUAGAUUCUCCGCCACCCUCGUUUCCAGACUUGGCGGGACUGUCGACAAUUUUAUCGGAACGCGCCCAGUUGACGCAACACUAGUGCAGCCUUUGGAGGAGCAGUUGGUUUUGUCAAGAGUGUUUACUUGUUUCAUCGCUGAGAUUGACUGCUUCAACUAUGAAAACGUGACACGCGCUAUAAUGGAGAUGGGUGGAGUUCUUGAACCGUUGAUCCUGCUUCUCAAUCAUUACGCUGAUUGCAUAGUGCCGCAGUUUCCCACUAGUGCCGACAAGAACAGCGACUCCUCCUCAUCAUCAUCAUUUAUUCGAAAUUUCGAGUUCUUGAUUGAACAGACACUAGAGAUUAUACUAGCAUUGGCCAACCUUCGAAACUACUCCGUCGAUUUUGGACGGUUAUCGAGAUACAUAACGUUAUUGUUGGUCGAGGCUGAUGCUAACCAUACUAGAAUACCCUCCAACAUCUUGGCAAAGCUGUUGAGGCUAGUACCGUUGACAUUGAGACACAAGACUACAGGGCCAGAGGCGGAGUUUGCAUUAUUGGUUGCUUUGUUCGAUAGACUCACUUCAGAUAGCAUACUCUUGGUCGGUAGCCACAUGCGGGACUCAAUGCGGGGAACAAAUGAAGAGUUUCAAGAGUUGUUUUUUGGUGCAGAUUUGCCUCAUGUCGACUUGAAGGCUCUGGUCGUUGACAGUUAUAUCGAUUUCAACGUGCUUUUACAAACCAUCACCUCGGCUGCUCAAACGUUAACUUUUCUCAAAACCAAGGAUUACCAGUUGAUGUUGAAAAUUGAAUAUAGGGACCUGAACAACAACAACAACAACAAUAACAACCUCCUCAAUUCGCGCAACAAUGGCUCAAACUCUCGCGCAAACACCAUACCGUUUGAUCCUCGUGUCUACUUGGCUCUAUUGCUAUUGCUAAAGAUCGAUUCGCCCAAGGUCACAUUACCCGUGCUCAACUUGAUUGUCAGUUGUUUCGAGAUACUUGAGAAACAGAAAGUUAUCCUCGAGGACCAAGUAUACCUCAAUUACGAGAGGAUUUUCCCUCGAAUCACCUCCUUGUUGUACUCGAUUUCUGGCUCAUUGCUGGAGGCCAACAACCACAAAAAAGAUGACAAAAAGAAUACCGCCACAAGGGAAAGUGAAGCUGUUCGGCAGUAUGCGUCCCUUGCAACGCCGCCGUACUUGAGGUCCGCUGCUCUUAUCUUGGCGGAUUUAUCUGUCCAGCACCCAAAGAUGCUAGAUCAUGUUGCCGAUACAAACAUAGACUGCAAGUUGAUCGAUCGGUUGGUGUAUCUUUUCAAGACAAGCCAAGAGAUUAAGGAGUUGCGAGCUUUGAAAAUGGAGUCGAGCCAUGGGUCGAUCUUGGUUGACUUUACUUUACUCAAAACUUACCCUGGUGAUGGCGAAUUAUCCGAUCUACUACUUUUGCUAAGCGUGUUUGCUAGUGAACGUGAAGACUACAGGCACAGAAUUGUGGCAUACUACCAAGCACAUGCGGUAACACUACCGGAGUUGAUCUUUGAGAUAUUGGACGACUAUCAUUUCCUUUGCAAUCAAUUGCGCUUAACUUAUAAGCUUUUGCAAGCCAAAAGAAAAAUCAGCGCUCCAAAUUCCGCCGCCCUUCCACGCAGUCAUUUGAUCUGGUUGGGGAGGAACUUGGGUGCCAUUACAGCAUUGAUAAGCUCGAGCUUGUAUACAAAUUGUCUUUAUCUUAUCCGCUCGUUGUCAAGGUCGGUGUCUACUUUGAGAACAUUUUUCGUCGAGAGCAACGCCUUUCGGAGUUUCAUCACGAAAAGUUCGGGCGAAACCAAUGUCGACCGCGAGGGAAAUCACUUCCGCCUUUUGCAGUCGCUAACUGCAAGUUCUUUGGGCACGCACCGUGGCACUGAGACGACAGCAACAAACUCCGUGGGCGGGUUUGUCACCAAUUUGUUGGAAGUGGUUCGACAUUACGAGACACUCGACCAAGAGAUUGAUUUUUUCAUUCAUUUAAAUGGCAAUGAUUCAGUUGAUUCGAGAGGGCUAAACCGCACUUUGAUGGUGAACAAGGCCCUUUGCAUCGGGCUCUUGGCUAAUUUCAUCCUUGACUUUAGCUCCUUUAGAUACAAAAUCGUGGGCUAUGAAAGCUUUUUGACAAGCUUGGCGACAAUCUACCACAAUUCUUCGUCCGAUGCCGAAUUCGAGCCAGCUCCCUUGAAUGAAGAAGAUGAGUAUGAGCGGGAUUUGGUCCAGCUCAAGAUUUUGCAAGUUUGGAAAAAUUUCAUGUUCAAUGAAGCAGGAGAAAACAAAAGCGAGGCAACACAGUAUUUCCCCGUUAGCUUUAUCAUCCGAAAGGCAAGUUAUGGUCUCACUGCAAAAGAUGUCACGGCUGACUUGAGUCCCGAGAACAAACAAAUCAAGAUCCAGCAAAAGAUUGUUGCAUUUGAGAUUUUGAGAAAUUACACGGCGGGCUCUCCUCAACUUGCCGAGACUUUGAGAGUUGCAUACCGCGAGGAGUUUGUCGAUCCCGAGAUGGAUGUGGAAAAGUUUCCCGCUACUUGGGCUGAUUUCUUGGUGAGCAAUGUUGUUGAGACGAGUAUUUUUCUAGGUGCAGCCCAGCUACUGGGUAAAAGUUUUCUGGACAACGAUGUUGUGCUGGACGAUAUCAUAUUAACGACAUUGCUUUUGAAUGAGAAUUACGUAAAGUUGGUAAAGUCGAUUAAUAUAAUUGAAAGCCACUCGUAUACAGUCACGGACAAGGUGAAACAAAACACUUUCCCCACGGAUGCGCUCUUGCGGAUAUGGUUGAGGUUUUUGUCGUUUGAGAUCCCAGAGCUGGCGUUGUUGAGCAUGGACACUAGCGACCGGUUAAGCGCAGUCAAUAGUCUCAACUCGAUCAGACUUUCAGUAGCUUGGGUUAUUGUUAAUUUGACAUGGAAAUCGUCCGUGUUCCACUACGACGUCGACGAAGAUUUCUAUGAAGUCUACAAGACGCACGAUGCGUUGCUCACCAAGAAGCGCAAUGGUGGCUCGUUGUAUGAAAAGAAAGACCGCGGCGGCGUUGAGGAAGAGACAAACAAGCAGCAAUCGAUGUCGCAGACUUUCAAGAGUGCUUCAGGUGAAGAAAUGACCGUUUAUGACCGGGCCAAGUAUCUAGACAAGUUUGGGUUCACAGAGGCCAUCUAUGCUGCAUUGACCAACUACAUCAAAAAGCGCUCGAAUCGACGAUCCCACGGCGGGUUUGAUAUUUCCGAGGUCGACGUGCUGUUGGAACACGAGGCUUUCCAGAAUUUGCGCACGGCCGCUUACCAAAUCAACUAUUUGUGUACUGGGAACUCUGCCGGCGCGGCUGAUUUCAGUCUCAAUGACGACGUUGAUCUGCACCCGCUGAUGAAGUUGGAGCGCAAGCCCGAUAAUUCUAUCGAAGUUGUCUCCGCUGUUCAAGAUCGAGACCGGGAUCAAGAUCGAGAGACUUCUCUGGAAGCUGAAGCUACAUUUGAGAGAUCUCGAAGAAGAGAAGCCAUCAGUUCAGAGGUGAACUCGGAUGACGGUGAGGAACAAGAAGCGCAUGAUGAUGAUGAUGAUGAUGAUGAUGGUGGUGGCGGCGAACAAGGAGAAGAACAAGGAGAAGAUGACGAUGAUGAUGACAUGAGUGUCGGAGAUGAGUUUGAAAAUGCUCGAACAAUCAGUGAAGCCGCGGGUAAUGAUGGCGGGGAUUCGGACGACGACCCUCAUGAGCCCUGGAUAAUGUAA